AUGCCAGACUCUGGGAAGGACGUGCCAGAGUCGUCGAAUGACCAGCAUCGCAUAGAAGAGUCGGUGGAUUUCAUUGACCCGGGAAUAGCUGCAAAAGAGGUUGACAUCACAGACGAGGACGCGAUAUCAAUAGCACAUUCCAAGGCUACCACCACAUCGGGACACGAUGAAGAGCAGACCAAAAAACGACCAGAACCUCCGACGACGCUGUCGAGAACGACAUCGGUGAAUCCUGAGGCAGUCAUCGUGGAUCGCAAGAAUCGAAGGGGCUUGUUUGGCAGCUUGACCAUUAUUCCCGAAGUGGAAAAUGGGUAUCAUUAUGCGCGAAGAACCAAAUGGUUCAUCACAGCCAUUGUGGCCGGCUGCGCUAUGGGCGCACCCAUGGGAUCUGCUAUUGUCAUGCCGGCUUUGCAAGAUAUAGCCAUUGCUUUCGGUGCGUCUUCAACGGUUGCCAAUAUGAGCGUUGCCGUCUAUAUGCUCAGCAUGGCCAUCUUCCCAUUGUGGUGGUCUUCAUUCUCGGAAACAGCUGGCAGACGAACCAUCUACUUGAUCUCCUUCACAAUGUUCACUGUCUUCGCGAUCCUCUCAGCUGUUUCUACCAACAUGGCGAUGUUGAUAGUGAUGCGGACGUUGUCUGGUGGCGCCGCCGCGAGUGUGCAAGCCGUAGGUGCAGGGACCGUGGCAGAUAUCUGGGAGCCAAGAGAGCGCGGAAAAGCCAUGGGGAUGUUUUACCUCGGACCGUUGUGUGGCCCAUUGUUCGCUCCCAUAAUAGGCGGCGUCCUUGCGCAAACCCUAGGCUGGCGGAGUACACAGUGGUUCCUCGCUAUUUGCGGUGGCCUAACCCUUAUCCUCAUCACUUUCGCCAUGCCCGAAACCCUCCGACGACAGGAUCAGGAAAAUGCUCUCCAAAUCCAACAGCCUACCUCCGAGAAGACGACCGCAAGACCAGACCUCACCCGCGUCUCGACCCGCCAAUCAGUCCAGGUCAAAACAAAAUCGACCCUUAGAACUCUUCGCCGCUACUUCCUCGACCCCCUCAUCGUCCUCACCUGGCUCCGCUACCCGCCCGUCGCCCUCACUGUCUACUAUGCCUCCAUCACCUUCGGUUCCCUGUACUGCCUCAACAUUAGCAUCCAAGCCUCCUUCUCCACGCACCCAUACAACUUCAAAACCAUCAUCGUCGGCCUGCUCUACAUCCCCGGGUCCAUGGGUUAUAUCCUUGCGAGCGUCUUUGGCGGGAAGUGGAUCGACAAGAUCAUGCACCGCGAGGCGCGCAAGGCCGGGCGCUAUGACGAGUUUGGCAAACUCAUUCUCAGGCCGGAAGACCGCAUGCGUGAGAAUGCGUGGAUUGCAGCCGUGCUCUGGCCCGGCGCGUUGCUGUGGUAUGGUUGGACCGUGCAGUACGGGACUAUAUGGAUUGUACCCAUGAUCGCGAAUUUCUUCUUCGGCGUGGGCUCCAUGCUGAUUUUUUCGCUUUCGUCCACCAUGCUGACGGAGUUUAUGCCCAAGCGGGCAUCGGCUGGGAUAGCGAUUAACAAUUUCGUGAGGAAUAUAUGUAGUUUUACUGGGGCGGUGGUUGCGGAGCCAAUUAUCCAUGCGAUUGGAAAUGGAUGGUUUAUGACGAUACUAGGGCUGUGGAGCUUGGUGACGGGAUUGAUGGUUGUGUUCGCAAUGGGCAGGUGGAGCUCGAGGUGGAGGGUGAGGAUGGUAGCAGCUCUAGGCUAG